UGCACAGUGAAUAAUUAAUUAAAUACAAUUUCCACAAGUUCAGUAAUCUGUAUCACGGAACGGAGGCUAAAACCCCCACCGGAACCCUUGUUCAAUUCUCGCCGAAGGGAAACUCAAUAGAGAGCAACCGUUAAUAGACAAAGCAGCAAUGGCUUCAACAACGGAAAAAUCGGAAUCCUUCAAACCCUAUAAGCUCAAGCACAAUCUCACCGGCCACAAGCACGACGUCUCCGGCGUCAAAUUCUCCGACGACGGCCACCUCCUCGCCUCCUGCUCCGCCGACAAGACCGCGCGCACCUACUCCCUAUCCUCCCCGGACGCCGCCACGCACAACGAAUUCCACGGCCACGAAUCCGGCAUCUCCGACCUCGCCUUCUCCUCCGACGGCCGCCUUCUCGCCACCGCCUCCGACGACCGCACCGUCCGCCUGUGGGACGUCUCCACCGGAGCCCUCAUAAAAACCCUCACCGGCCACACAAACUACGUCUUCUGCGUCAGUUUCAACCCCCAAUCGAAUAUGCUCGCCUCCGGUUCGUUCGACGAGACCGUACGCAUUUGGGAUGUCAAGUCCGGUAAAUGCCUGAAGGUGCUCCCCGCCCACUCGGACCCCGUAACCGCCGUCAAUUUCAAUCUCGACGGCUCGCUCAUUGUUUCGAGCAGCUACGAUGGUCUUUGCAGAAUUUGGGAUUCCUCGACCGGCCAUUGCAUGAAGACUCUCAUCGACGACGAGCAUCCGCCUGUUAGCUUCGUCAAGUUCUCGCCCAACGGGAAAUUUAUUCUUGUUGGUACUCUCGAUAAUAAUCUGAGGCUCUGGAAUUUUUCGACCGGAACAUUUCUGAAAACUUACACGGGCCACACAAACUCCAAGUACUGCAUCUCUUCGACAUUCUCCGUAACAAACGGGAAAUACAUUGUGAGUGGAUCGGAAGAUAACUGCGUUUACCUAUGGGAGUUGCAGUCUCGGAAAAUAGUUCAAAAGCUCGAAGGUCAUACAGAUGCAGUGCUAUCAGUAUCAUGUCACCCCACCGAAAACAUGAUAGCAUCCGGUGCACUCGGAAAUGACAACACGGUCAAGAUUUGGACCCAAGACGAGGAUUGAUUGAUAAUUAUUUUAUUCGGUAUAACUUAUUUUUGGAGCUCUGUUGCUAGAAGAUUAAUAUGGUGAAUUGAUGAUGCAUAUGUUUCAUCACAGUUCUUGAUAAAUUAAUUUGAAUGAUGACUGUGAGACUUUUGUAUAUUAUUUUUCAAUUUUUUUAAA